AUGCGUACUAUUGCUGUGCAACUUAAGCAUCUGUACUAUGCAGGUGCCUUACUGGAAAAGCCUAGCAGAUUCUUCAGCCGUAAGAAUAUAAGAGAAGGCCUUGAACAGACUGUGAGGGCAUUCCUUCCAGAUAUGGUGGAGAAGAACAAGGGCCAUAUUGUCAACAUGACUUCCAUAGCAGGCAGCUUUGCUACAGCCAACUUGACUGACUACUGUGCGUCAAAAUUUGGUGCCACAGGUUUCAGUCAAUCAUUAACCUUGGAGCUGCGUGAAAUGGGAAAAACUGGCAUUAAAGAAACUUGUGUUCAACCCUAUACAGUUAACACUGGACUAGUGUGGUAUCCAAAGGCUCGUUUUCCAUCACUAUACCCAGUCCUCGAGCUAGACUAUGUGGCCAAGGAGGUUGUGGCAGCCACUCUUAGAGAUGAGGAAAUUCUCUUAAUUCCCCGUGCUCUGGCUGUGAACUUCUUUUUGACUGGGAUAUUACCAUUUAAAGCUCUUCUCGUUUUGAGUGACUUCCUUCAAGUUGGAGUCUCUGAACACAGUCCAAGAGAUGAAAAGAAGUCUGGUUAACCUUUCACCCCUAUGGGUGACUGGCUUCUAAUGUGUCAAUUAAUUUGAAGCUUUGACAUCCCCCCAUCCCCCCCACCUCACUGGGCAACCCACAAACAUUUGACUGUCCCUCGUGCAAGGGGGAUGGAGAAUUCAACCCUGCUGGAAGUGCCAAAUAUUUUCAGCAGAAUGAACUUGUUU